AUGUCCACUGCCCCCCUCGUCGCGAAGACCGUGCUCGAUAUCGAUCCGUGGCUCGAGCAUAAUGUAUCUGCUAUAGUUCACCGCCACGACGCGUUCAGAAAAUGGAAGGACACUAUCGAGAAGAAUGAGGGCGGAUACGACUCAUUCACCCAGGGCUAUCUCAAGUUCGGCUUGAAUGUCAGGGGGGACGGGUCGGUGGUAUACAGAGAGUGGGCACCCACUGUCAAGGAGGCGGUCCUUAUCGGUGAAUUUAAUAACUGGAACCGGAUUUCCCAUCCUAUGGUGAAGGACUCCUUUGGUGUUUGGGAGAUUACUGUGCCUCCCAAGGCACCUGGCAUAUGUGCUAUUCCUCAUGACUCGAAGCUGAAGAUCUCCAUGAUAACGUUGUCGGGCGAGCGCAUUGAACGACUCCCCGCUUGGAUCAAGCGCGUCACUCAAGAUCUGUCCGUCUCCCCCGUGUACGAUGCACGGUUCUGGAACCCACCUGAAGAAGAACGAUACAAAUUCAAACACAUACGUCCUCCCCAGCCGAAGAGCGUGCGCAUAUAUGAAGCGCAUGUUGGUAUCUCGACCUCUGAAUACAGGGUUGGGACGUACAAGGAAUUCACGGCAAAUAUGCUACCCAGGAUCAGAGACCUCGGAUACAACACAAUUCAGCUGAUGGCUAUCAUGGAGCACGCUUAUUAUGCUUCGUUUGGGUAUCAGGUAACGAACUUCUUCGCGGCCAGCUCGCGCUAUGGAACACCGGAGCACCUCAAAGAACUUAUUGACACCGCUCACGGAAUGGGGAUUACCGUCCUUCUUGACAUCGUACACUCGCAUGCAUGCAAGAACGUACUGGAUGGGCUAAAUCACUUCGAUGGCACGGACCAUCAUUACUUUCACGAAGGUGGUAGGGGUCGUCAUGAGCUCUGGGACAGCCGUCUCUUCAACUACGGCAGUUAUGAGGUGCUACGCUUCCUCAUGAGCAAUCUCCGCUUCUGGAUGGAGGAGUAUCAAUUCGACGGAUUUCGUUUCGACGGAGUGACCAGCAUGAUGUAUGUACACCAUGGUAUCGGGACCGGUUUCUCUGGCGGAUACCAUGAAUACUUUGGCCCCGGUGCAGACAUUGAGGCAAUUGGGUAUCUCAUGCUGGCGAACGAUGCGAUGCAUGAACUAUACCCAUCUUGUAUCACUAUUGCCGAAGAUGUUUCUGGUAUGCCGUUGCUCUGUGCUCCUGUAGGAAAGGGUGGUGUAGGAUUCGACUACCGCCUGUCGAUGGCGAUACCUGAUAUGUGGAUCAAGUUGUUGAAGCACAAGAGCGACGACGAGUGGGAGAUGGGGAAUAUUGUGCACACACUGACGAACCGCCGAUAUCGCGAGAAGAGCAUUGCGUAUGCGGAGAGCCACGACCAGGCACUCGUCGGUGACAAGACGCUCGCGUUCUGGUUGAUGGACAAAGAGAUGUACACGAAUAUGUCGGACUUGACGGAGUAUACGCCGGUCAUUGCCAGAGGUAUCGCUUUGCACAAGAUGAUUCGAUUACUCGUUCAUUCGCUUGGAGGGGAGGGUUAUCUCAAUUUCGAAGGCAAUGAAUUCGGUCAUCCUGAGUGGCUUGAUUUUCCCCGCGAAGGAAACGGGAAUUCUUUCCACUAUGCUCGAAGACAGUGGAACGUUGUCGACGAUCAACUCCUGCGGUAUAGGUAUCUGAACGAAUUCGAUAAGGCGAUGAAUCAUACAGAAGAGAAGUACGGGUGGCUCGCAGCAGAGCCUGCAUAUGUCUCUCUGAAACAUGAGGUGGACAAAGUCGUCGUGUUUGAGCGCGGGGGUCUUCUGUUCGUAUUCAACUUCAACGCGACGCAGUCAUUCACGGACUAUCGGGUUGGUGUAGAGGAGCCGGGUGAGUAUCAUGUCGUCUUGACGAGCGACGAAAAGCGGUUUGGCGGGUUCGACAACGUGACGCUGGGAGGGCAGUAUUUCACGACGCCCAUGGAAUGGAAUGGGAGGAAGAAUUGGCUACAGGUGUAUAUCCCCACGCGCACAUGCAUUGUCCUUGGGAAAUACUAG